AUGAGUUGUCGCAAUUGGGAGAGCGGUGUUGUAGUGCGAAUUAGCAACCCCAAAAACAGCAGCACCGUCUCUGCCAGCUUCAGCACCAGCGCCAGCGCCGCCGGUGCCAGUUCCAGCACCAAGGUCAAGGCGGCAGAGGGUCAGGCACGGUCAUCGGUGCGGGCGGGGAAGAUAUCGGCGGAGCCGGACAAGGGAUGUGAUACGAGCCAACACAAUCAUCACCACUCCCAGAUGCAGAAGCAGGAUCAGAAACAGAAACAGAAACAGGAGGAAGGGCUCACGGGCACAGAUGCACACACAGAUUCAGACAUGAUGAGCGGCGCUGUCUUCAAGGGCACAGUCCCAAUACCAAUGCGACGACCAGGUCGACGCUAUCGUGAGGGUGAAGAGCCCUGGUUUUACAGUGUGCAGGGCUGA